UGGUCACACCAAUCGUAUCGACCAUCCCGUACCACGAUAUGGUACAGACACAACGAUACCGUACCACUACCGAAGUACCGCGUUCGUUUGACAUGUUGACCAUUUUGUUCUGUGAUUUGAUGGGCGGCGUCUGCGCGUUGCUCGACCGAGUGCCGGAGUGCGCCGUCGCCUAUCAAAUCCCGGAAGGAACGUGCGGUUACCGUUCGUAUUUAUCACGUCUGUCCACACUUUUAUAUACCGUUACCAUUAACCGCGCUCGCGGUAAACGUCGAUCUUCCGCCGUACCACAACCCUAGUCCCAACGAUUCUACCUGCCGAAGUCACCGGGCGGCGGACACAUGAAUAAUAAUAUCACGGAACAAUAAUAAUAAUAUCGUCCGACGGGUGACGACCGGCGACGAGCCACUCCUCGGAAAAUUACUGCACCAGCGACGCUGUCCGUUCCCUAAUCACUAUUCAAGUCGCCCUCACACCGCCCCCUCACCAUUGUCCGUGAUAAUAACAAAAUAUUCUACUGUUCAGCACAAAAUAAAUAUUGUUACAAUGUUAUUGUGUAUUUGUGUCUUGUGACAACUUGAGUAGUUGAGUCCAACGACUCCAUUAUAUACCCUAGUGGGCACUAAUAAGUAUUAAGUAAUAGUGCUAUAGUAUCGACGGCAGCGCUUGCGUCUCGUUCAAACUGUUGUAAAAUAAUGUCAUUUGUAUGUUGUAUGUCACAAUAGUACCGAUCGUCGUUGUAAACACCUGCUUGUGUGUGUUUUUGGUUGAAGACAAUAUACCGCCGUACGACGUCCAUCCGAUUUUCGUCCGAAAAACCGAUCGGUCAUCGAUAAUCGCGUAGUGUUUUUUUUUUUAAAAAUUAAUUAACAAUUAAACGAUCGUGGUAAGUCCACAGCGAAAUGGACGAUUUCGUGGUAUACUAUAAUGUAGUCUGUAAUAAUUGUAACCGUCGACGGACGACGAUAUCUUACUCGACAUGUCGUGUCCCGAAAACAAAUCGAAGUAAUCAUCGUCGAUGUACUUAACAUCGUCGUUGGUCGCGGAUCUCCCGGUACUCGGGAUUUAAUUGGUUAUCAAGAUGUGUUCAAAAUUCAAUCCGAUCAGUGUUUAAUCGAAUUUUUGCGAUGCAUUGCAUCAAUUAUUAUGCAUGUACUAUUCAUCACGUUUUCAUUAUUUGCUCUGGUCUCGGUGCAGAGUUUAAAAAAAAAAAUCUCGUUCGUUUUAAAACGCCAAUUGUUUUUUGAGAAAUACCUACUACGCUAUGGCGAGUCCAACAGCUAUGCGUUUAUGGGAUUGUGUUUGGAAUACAGUCUGUGUACUGUUGGUGUCAAUUAAUAAUAUUCACUUCAUGCCUGUAGUAUUUUUUUGUUUAUUAAAUAAUCUGAUCGAGUCUAAUUUAUUAACAAUGGAUCUCAACAAGGUACAUUAUUUCAAUAUUUUCUUAAAAUGAACCUACAAAAAACAAAUGGAUAACAAAUGUUUCAAUUUUAAUUUGUCACAUUUUUAUGAAAAAAUUAUUGAAGUGUGAAAACCAGAAAAAUUGUCUUAUGUUUGUGCCUAUAUAUUAUCUCCCUAAUUCCAGACAAAAUUCUAAGUUGUAUUAAGUGUUGUUCAGUUAUUUUUAUAUUUUUUAAACAAAUAAAAGAUAAAAUCUAGUAUUUCUCUUUCAAAAUUAAAAACAGGGUAUCAUAAGAUUUCAUGAAUCUAUAUAAAAAUAAUAAUUUUAGCUAGGUUUAGGUAUUUUCUUUAUUUUUUUCGCUUAAAUUUUUAUCCAUUGAGAUCCAACAACCAUUAUCAUUUUGAAAAAUAAGUGUGUUUACAUUUUAAGUAUUGUAUUAAUUCAAAAAGUUAUUAUUUUUAUAGCAUCAAUGGAUGAAGACUCAAUUAGUGUUCAUGGAUCUACUGCUGAUUCCAUUGAAGCAUUUGAUGAACUUCAAGUGCUUGACGAAAUCACAGAUGAAACCGACAAUAUUAUUGAAGGUGAUGACCAAUUAGAUGAAGAAUUUGAUACUAGAAGUGAAGCCAGUUCUAGUUCCAUUGAUGAAACUUCAACAAGAAAUAAGAUUAAAUCUGAAAGAUACAUAAGAAUAGAAAAAGAAUCACCUGCUAAAAAUAAACCAUCCGAAGAAUAUUUAUCUCAACUAAAACUUUUGUUGAAAGAAGCUCGGUUUUUCAUUAUAAAAAGUAAUAAUUAUGAAAACAUUGAGUUGGCUAAAGUUAAAAAUUGUUGGUCUACAAGACCGUGGAAUGAAACAAAGUUAAAUCAAGCUUUCAGAACAUGUAAGAAUGUAAUUUUGAUAUUUUCAGUUAAAGAAAGUGGUAAAUUUGCAGGGUUCGCUAGAAUUUCUGAAGCAGCUAGAUAUGAUUUGUCACCGGUUGGUUGGGUACUACUUGGAAGCCGUAAUUUAUCUGGAGUAUUUAAAGUUGACUGGAUUACUACAAAAGAGUUAGAAUUCAAUGAUACUUCUCAUUUAUAUAACGCAUACAAUGAAGGAAAAACUGUCAAAAUUGCUCGUGAUGGCCAAGAAGUUGAUGCUAAGACUGGAUUACAAUUGUGCUCAAUGUUUCUAGAAGACAAAUCAAUUGAUUUUCAGUACAUUUUAAAAAAAGCAAAAAAUCAUCAGCCCUCUAUUAGUACAGCCGAAUUACGACAACGGCGUAGAGUGCUUGGUUUACCAGAUGAAGGACCAACAAGUAAAGAGUAUAUACAUGCUUACCGAUUUGGGAUACCACAUAAACAACCACCAAGGAUGUUAUCACAUCCAUAUUAUGUACGCCCACCUUUGUAUCCAUCAUACCAAUAUAAUUUAAGUGGAUCACCAAUGGUACAACGUUAUUAUGACGAUGUACCAUUGCCACCUUUUCGGCUUCCUAUACAUGUACCAGAAACAUACCCAAGACCGUUAGAAGAUUACUAUAAAAGAGACAGAUUAGUUAAUCUCAGAGAAUAUCAUUCGAGUCAAAGACGUGAAAAAGAGCGCCAUACUCAUAGGCAUCGUUAUCAUUAAAGUUUUUGAAAAUACAUUCAAAAGAUCCUCUUUAGAUUACUAAUACUGAAAUAUUAGUAUUAAGUUUACUAGUCUUAAAAGUAAAUACCUUUUUUUGUUAUUAUUAUUUUUGUAUAAUUGGAAAUUUUAUCCUACUAUGAUAUUAUGUU